AUGGCCAGUGAGAGCAGAAUAUCACAGGUGGCUACAACGAUCCCCGUCAGGAACGUGCAGGAUCUUGCUGCUUACGACGCCGGCGAGCUAACGGCAGAUGCACUGGAGCGGUACAUUAGGCCGGACAUCGACAAGGACGCAGUCCUUUACGAGCACUCCGGUGAGCUUCCGGUGGUUGACCUUGGAAGACUCAACCCACAGCACUGGGAAGAGGAGGCGGCGGCCAAGCUCAGAUAUGCUUGCGAGGAGUGGGGAUUCUUUCAAGUAUUGAGUCAUGGAGUUCCAGAAGAGGUUAUGGUGAACAUAAAGCGCGAUAUUCAGGAGUUCUUUGAGCUGCCGCUGGACGUGAAGAAUGCUUACGCGCAAACCCCAGGAGACCUUCAAGGAUAUGGUCAAGCAUACGUUGUUUCCAACGAUCAAAAGCUUGACUGGGCAGACAUGUUUUGCAUCAUCAGUCAGCCUCCUCCGGCCCGUGACAUGAAACAUUGGCCGACUCAACCUCUUACUUUCAGGAAAUCCCUUGAAGAUUAUUCUGUUGAAUUGGAGAAAGUUGCUCACUCCAUUGUAACAGCCAUAGGAAAAAUUCUGAAUAUUGACCCAGAACUGAUGAGUGAUAAAUAUGCCGUGCAAGUUCUAAGGAUGAAUUACUACCCUCCGUGCACGUCGAUGCCCGAAAAGGUUUUGGGGUUUUCGCCUCAUUCAGAUGCAUCUUUUCUUACAAUCCUUUCGCAAGUUAAUUCAGUGGAAGGCCUCCAAAUAAGAAGGCAUGGUGCAUGGGUCCCAGUGAAACCACACCCUGAAGCAUUAUUGGUGAAUGUUGGAGAUCUCCUUGAGAUUAUGACGAACGGAAAAUUCAAGAGUAUUGAGCACAGGGUCAUGAUUAAUGCUCGCAAGGAACGAUUGUCGGUGUCUGCAUUCCACAAUCCAAAGUUUGAUGGGGUGGUUGCCCCGGUUACGGUGACUCCAACAGAAAAGCUUUUGUACAGGACUGUGAAAGUGGAAGAUUAUAUUAAGCAUCACUUGUCAAACAAACUAGAUGGAAAACGAGCAUUGGAUCAUGUGAAGACGUUCUAG